CAUUUUUCAGGAAGCUGCGUAAAAUUUUGAACUGGCACUGCUGCGCUCAUUCCAGCAAACGCAGCAUCUAUAUGAAGGUCCUGGGAUUAGUGGCACCUGGAGAAGAUCGGCUACACGAGGAGGCUUUUCGCUCGUUACUCUCAGUAUUGGAGAAGCGUGUGCAAUGCCCCGGUGUGUCGUGUGAAAAGUGCAUCUCUGUGCAGGACGUGAGCCAGCUCACUGGGGGAUCCCCGACAGCCAGUGGCUUGUCGAUGGAGGACUUUUUCAAGGUGGCUGCUGGGUUGUGUCUGUACCUCAGCGAUCCCCUCGAGACCUGUGGUGCCGUGAAGGACAAGCGCUGGCAGAGAGAGACCGACCAGUUCAUCCAGAGCACAGCGGCCCAAGACAUCCAAGGAGACGAUUUUAUUAAUGGGACUACGGGACUCGAUCAUGUUCUCCUUGGAAUUGAAAGGCACCUUCGAAUAAUGGAUGGAGAGCACUGUCUCACAGUUAGGGACAUCCUGAAGGCAAACGGCUUGGCUACAGAUCACACGCACGAAAUGGACGCCAUCUUUGGGGCGAUCCUUUACCACAUCCUGCUGGGCGACUGCGUGACCGCCCAUUUGCUGCCCAAGCCUGACUACUUCCUGGAUUUUCUCUUCAGUCGAUUUAGCUCCGGAGACAUGACAGUGCAUGGUUUGGAGGAUCUCAUGUGGUCCCUGAAGGUGGGUGAGACCAACAGAACCCUCAGUAACCACUAUGAUCACCAUCAGCGUCGUCUGGGCCUCACAGACCCUCAUCAGGGUAACAGCAGCUGGGACCAGAUGUGCUUCACGGCCAGUGAACUCCUGCAGAUAUACGGCCUGAACGCCACGGGCUUCUCGCGGGCCCAGUUCACACAGCUGAGCCCUGCACUGGUGCAGCAGCUCCUCAGCACUGCCUGUGUGGACAGGGGGCAGCCGACGAGCCCCGGGGCCAAGCUCAGCAAGACAGAGAGGUAUGUCUACGCCACAUUAGCGAACGUGGUGAUUUGCCUGGGCGCCAUGUUUGGCAUCGUGCUCCUGCUCUGCACAGCCUGCACGAACGUCUUCCAGCUCAGCAUUCAGUUCUGCAUCAGCAUGGCUGUGGGGUCCCUAACAGGAGACGCUGUCCUGCACCUCCUGCCUGUGUUCCUGGGUCUCCACACUCACAAGGGGGAGGACAGUGCGGAGCAUGACCACGCCGGUGGGGAGACCUCUGACUACACCUUCAAGCUCCUGGUCCUCCUGGCUGGCAUCUACUACUUCUACUUAAUGGAGACCAUUUUCACCCUGGUCACUCACAAAGGCCAGCAUGGCCAUCGAGGCGACGACAGCGAUCCGCAUCACUGCGACCACGACCGGGUUCUGCAGAUGUACCGGGAUCAGAAGAAGACCAAGCAGUCCGUCUCGGAAGCAGAUCUGGUCGACGGAGAAGUCGAUGGAAAGCCGCUCACUAUUCCAGAUCUCCAUAGGAGAGAACAGCGGCUGCUCCCGUACAUGAUCACCAUCGGCGACGGGAUCCACAACUUCGCCGACGGCCUGGCUAUCGGGGCUGCCUUCUCCGUGUCCUGGAGGUCGGGCCUGGCAACGUCGCUGGCUGUGCUCUGCCAUGAGCUGCCCCAUGAGCUGGGUGACUUCGCCAUCCUCCUGCACUGCGGCGUUUCCGUGAAGAAGGCUCUGCUGCUCAACCUGGCCAGUGCCAUGACCUCCUUCGCUGGCCUCUACAUCGCCCUCUCCGUCUCGACGGACCCGACCGCGAAGGACUGGAUCGCGGCCGUCACCACCGGUCUCUUCCUUUACGUCGGUCUCGCUGACAUGCUCCCCUCCAUGGUCCAUGCCAGCAGCAGCAGGCCCUGGCUGACCUUCCUGCUGCAGAACGUGGGGCUGCUCAGUGGCUGGGGGGUCCUGCUGCUCCUCUCCUUCUACGAGGACAAGAUCGACUUCUAGGCCAGCGGCGUCGGGUGCGUUUCGUGAAAAUGGCCGCUUUGUGCUGGCCCUCGGCCGGAGAUGCCAGUGGCGGAGGCGUGUCCACGUUUUGAUUUUUAUUUUCUAAACCAAACUGCAAAGCUGGACCCGGCUACAGUGACUGAGUUAAUCUGAUGCUUUUAGCUUAAGAAUUACAGCUACUGAGCAUUUUCUUCUGGCUUCACUGGUUUAUGGUUUUUAUAGCGUUUAUCAUCAUUUGUUCUUGAGUAAUGGAUCAGAAAACUGAUUUAAUAUUUUUACAGUGGAUUUGACCAAAUGUUCCUGUAAGAGCCAAUUCUGUAAAAUGGACCUUUAAUAUUUAAUACCUUUUCAAUCUGAAAAUGGGGUAUAUUUCUAAGUUCUUAUAUGAACACAGUUGUAUUUUCAUAAAUGUUU